CAUUCAGGCGUGCGGGACUCGAGAAUCCUCGCCGGUCUUUAGUUCUCUGGUAGAAGAGAAGAAAGACUGGGGCUCACUCAGGUGCUGUCUCACGGAAAGUCCUCAAUGUUCACAUUUAUUUAGGAAUUUUAAUUAUUUUGGGUAGCCUCUGUAGAUGACCAGAAUGUCCUUUCAUCAAAAUCUACUAUAUCUGUGUUAUAUAAGUGUUCUGACAAUUGGAUUAGCUUCCGCGAAAUUAAAACGAGGAUAUUAUCCCAACCUGAUAGACUUCUGUGCUAACGAUGAAGUGUAUGUCGGGAUUCCGUGGAACUGUCACGGAUACCUUCAUUGCCAGAAUGCCAACGGCUUAAAGAUGCCCUUCUGGAUAGACUGUCCGGCCUCGCUAUAUUACAACUAUGGCAGCAAAACGUGCACCUGGCCGCAGAACGUCAGCAAACCGUGUCCAAGUACCGGGGACGUGGUGAUGUCCUUCUGUCCCGACUACCCGGCCGUGCAGGUGUUGCACCCCACCCAGUGCGCCCAGUUUUACGACUGUAGCAACAUGAACAGUCUGCCAAACCAGCCGGCCUACCUGAACGAGUGCCCCUACCCCAAGCUGUUCAACGAUCAAACCCUCAGGUGUGAAGACUACGCCUCGGUGGACUGCGGUGACAGAGCGGAACCUCUCUCCCCCUGUGAUUACGUCAGACACCAGUGUUCUGGACCGGGCUGCACGCCAUGUACCGAUCUGAUACCCGGAUGUGAGGGUGUUCCGAAUGGGCCUACGUCAUAUCAAGGGAGACUACUCACCAAGUUUUAUUUGAUGUGCAAAAACAACAAGACAGAGAGCAUAGAGAUCUGCCGGGACGGGGUCUUUGACCCAGUUCUGGGCCGGUGUACCCGGGAGGUCGACCCUCGCGCAGUUGACAUUCUGUGUACCACGAACCCUUUCGCAAGGAUGGAACAUCCGGGUGAUUGUACAAAGUACUUUGACUGCCGAGACAAGAAUCAGAUGAUCAAGGAAUGCACCUACCCAAAGCUGUACUCCCCCACCCAACAGGCGUGCCUGGACUUCCAGGAUGUCCAGUGUAACGGCCGGAGGGAGUACAAGGCCCCCUGUGAUUACAAGGCGUAUCAGUGUACGGGGGCUAACUGUCCGGUAUGUGAACUAGAGCACCCAAGCUGUGAGGGACUGCCCGACGGUAAGAACGCCUUCCUGGGGCGUGAACAGACCCCCUGGUACAUCGAGUGUCUCGGCGAGAGAACCAUCAACAUGCUGACCUGUCCAGGCCAGAACAUCUUUGACCCUGUCGAGAGACGGUGCUUAGGAGAAGAUAUCGCUCCGACUCUUUUCCCGGACAAGGCUCCAUAUGACCCAGAAGAGGUGGCGAUGCAGGCCAUCAAAGGUAUUCCACCUAUGAUAAAUAUCGACGGACAGAGACCACCACCCCCAAACAUGCGAAACCCACCAAAUCCCGUGAGUCCAGCCAAUCCCAUGUUUCCAACAAAUCCCAGGAAUUCCAGGAAUCCCGUGAGCGGUCAGAUGCACCCGAUGUGUGUAGGGAACGAAGGACUGCUAAUCGCCGACCCUAACAACUGUGCCCGCUACUUCAACUGCUCUAGUUUAGCUGUUAGGUACGAGGGAUUUGAACUGAACCAAGAUGAAUGUCCUUAUCCGCAGCUAUUCUCGAUAGAAACUGGAUUCUGCGAGGACUUUCCGGAAGUCAACUGCAAAGGCCGAUUUGUCCCGAAAGCACCAUGUCAAUACUUAAAUUCCCAAAGAAACUGCAACGGACCAAUGUGCGCCCUGCCGUGUGAAGAAAGGUCGCCAUCUUGUGAAGGGAUGCGAGACGGAAAUAACACAUUCAUUGGAAGAGAGUUGUCCCCCUUUUAUAUUUCUUGUUUCAAGGAGAGAACCUUGUCGGUAGGAAUUUGCCGAUACGGAGUAUAUGAUCCAAACUUACGAUUCUGUACCACCGAACUGGAUCCAUACUCAGUCGACACUUUCUGCACCGAGCGCCCGACGAAGAUUUUCCCCCACAUCGCUAACUGUGCCAGGUACUAUAACUGUAGUGCUAUGAUGAAGGACCCGGUGCUGGGCCGAUAUCUCCGGGAAUGCCCCUUCCCCCAGCUGUUUAACAUCGAGAGUCUGAGCUGUGUGCCGCGCGAGGCGGCCAACUGUAGGUGGCGCUAUGAACCGAAGGAUCCCUGCGAAUGGAAGAAAAACCAACAUUGCGAGGACCCUAAUUGUGUCCCCUGCGCUGUUCGGUAUAACGGCUGCCGACAAAAACCGGACGGAAACCAUGCCGUUCCUAACAAUAACUUUGAAUACUUGCAAUGCCAGAACGGCAAUGUACUGAGUAUUAGAUCAUGCGCACCGAACACCUACGACCCAAUCAACGCAGAGUGCAGUAUGCCCGAGUACGACUGCAAGGGCCUCCCUGACGGCAGGAAUCCGAUGCCGGGGAAUGAAAUGGGCUACAUACUGUGCCAGAAAGAAAACUAUGCCGGCAAGGACACAUGCUCCCCAAAUUUCUACGACGCUUUGAACAGGAUAUGCCGACCAAGGGCCGACACCAUCUCUUGUGACGGACUCAGCGAUGGAAAUUAUCCUAUGCCGAAAACCAAUACCGAAUAUUUCGUGUGCGAAGGAAACGUUUUGGUCCAGUAUGGGUCCUGUAGUCCAGAUUAUUUUGACCCUGAACUCAGAAAAUGUACCACAACCUUAGCUAACAGAAACAUACCACGAGAAACCAACUUACAGUUACCCAGUGAAGUGAUACCAAGUAUCCCCACACCCCCUCCUCAGCUUACGCCUACAUCCAGAUCCAUCCCAAUCCUUUCACGAGAUAGACCAUCAAGGAAACUAGACUGUACCGGAAAACCUGACGGAUUCAACGUGGUACCGGGGUCGGCGACCGAGUUCUACAUCUGCAGUAACAAUGUAUUCCUUGGAUUUGAUACUUGCAAACCGUACAUCUUUGAUUUCGAACAACGAAGCUGUGCCGUUGCACCUUGCGCAGGAAUGCCGGAUGGGCCCACAGCUAUUCCCGGAAAUGACGUAUUUUUCAUUGUAUGUGAGAAUGAACUAAUGAGUCAGCUCCGGUCCUGCUCCCCGGGAGUAUUUAGCCCUGCCUUAAGACUGUGUGUCGAUAAAAGGAGCUCCCAGUUUAACCCAUCGGACCCCGUGGCUUUUUGCACAGAGAACCCAUUGGCGAUAAUGGCGCACCCAGAUAACUGUGCACGCUACAUAGACUGCACGAAUAGGAACUCUCGAAUUGGUCAGUACCAGCAUGAAUGCAGGUACCCGGAUCUGUUCGACAGCUACAACAACUCUUGUAAAUCCUACAGAGAAAUCAACUGUGGAACUAGACCAGAGCCAAAAGCGCCAUGCGAUUACAAAAUGAACCUCAUCUGUGAGAAUCCAGCCGGUUCCUGUCCCCCGUGCGAGGCAGAGCAUCCUAGCUGUAUCGGUAAGAGGGACGGACCCCAGGCCGUGCCCGGAAGAAAAAACUUCUUUAUGGAAUGCAUGGACGAGCGGACAAAAAGAGUGACUGAAUGUCCCGCCGUGGCGCCUAAUUUUGACCCGGCUCUUGGAUCAUGUGCCAUGGAGUUUGAUCCAUUGAACCCUAGUCCAUACUGUAAGGCCAAUCCGUCAGCUGUUGUCCCUCACCCUAACAACUGCCACCAGUACAUCGACUGUCGCCAGAUGAACACGCCCCUCGGAAACUACCUCCAGGAGUGUCCCUACCCUCUGCUGGUGUCAGAGAACGAUACCAACAGUGGCACGCCUUGCCAAUCUUUUGACCUUGUAAACUGUGGAAGGAGAUUGGAGCCAAAGAGCCCAUGUGAUUAUGAGUUCUCCCACAAACCGUGCACAGAGAUCGACCAACGGAAGUGUGUUCCGUGCAGUGUGCGCCUGCCCAGCUGUAGGAAUCUUCGUGACGGGACGCACCCACACCCCACCAUCCCCAACAAGUACUUGAUCUGUAAGAUGGAGAGGACACUCAGGGUCAUGACUUGCCUGAAGGGGGUGUUCGAUGAGGCUUUGAGGCAAUGUCGAGAGGUAGCGGAUUCGAGUAAUCCCGUAGCAUAUUGUCAAGCGAACCCGAAUGAGAGGCUUCCUGACUCAGAUAACUGUGCUCGGUUCUAUGACUGUUCGCUCCCCAACAGUAAAUAUGGCGCCUACGUUGACGAGUGCGAAUACCCAAAGCUCUACGACUCCGAGCUCAAGAGAUGUAGACCCUUCAUGCAGGUCCGGUGCGGCAGAAGAAGAGUGCCCAUUGAUCCGUGUGACUACAUCCAGAACGAGUUGUGUCCAGCCGGACAGACGACUUGUAAGCCAUGUAGGGAACGUAUCCCAUCAUGCAACGGGCUCCCGAACGGAAAUAACACGUACCCCGGGCAGCCAGGCGGGCCCCUGUACAUCACCUGCUUCAACGACAGAACCAUAUUUGUCAGAACCUGUGAAGCCGGCAUUUACGACCCAAUUGUCAAAUCAUGCGUCUCCAUUGCUUCCGAAAUUAAUCCAGCCAACCCGCGUGCAUUCUGUGACGCAAACCCAGGCGUCAAGGUGGCACACCCCAGAGACUGUUCAAAAUAUUUCGACUGUUCAAGGCCGAACGGAGACUACGGACGGUAUAUGUUUGAAUGCAAGUACCCGGAUCUGUUUGACCAGGUAUCCCGACGAUGCGAGGCCUAUAGCUCGGUAUCCUGUGGCUCCAGGGUCAUCCCUUUGAAUCCGUGUGAUUCUCUGCAGAACCAAUGUAGACCAGGGGAUCUGGCGUGUGUACCGUGUGCCGAGCGGCUGCCCUCGUGUGUAGGGCGGGAGAACGGCAACAAUACUUUCCCGGGAAGAGACAUGUCGGACACAUUCGUCAUUUGCUGGGAGGGGCGCACGGUCAGUGUGGAGACUUGCCCCGAAGGCUACUUCGACCCAAAGCAGAGGAAAUGUAGGACGGAAAUUGGAGCAGUUGCUAUACGGGCUUACUGCGAGGCUCAUCCCGGCGAAAUAAAAGCCAAUCCCGUGAACUGUGCCCAGUACUUUGACUGCGGAGAGGAGAGUAUCAAAGCACGCACGUUCCUCCGAGAAUGUCCGUACCCCCACGUAUUUGAUGACCAAUCCUCAACCUGUGUGAACUUUACCCUUGUUGAUUGUGGGAAGAGGAGAGAGUAUACUUCACCUUGUGACUAUUUGCAAAACCGUUGUCCGCCAUCAAAUCCCACGUGUAAACCGUGCAGUGAACGCCAUUUUGAUUGCUCCAAAUUAGUGGACGGGCUUCAUCCUACCAACAGUGAUGCAACCCGCGAUAGUUACGUCAUAUGUUUCCGGGGCAGAACCAUCGCCACAGAGAAAUGUCGGGAAGGUGUGUUUGACCCUGUGGAGAGGCGCUGUACGCGAUUAAGGUCAGGUGGUGCACUAGGACGCGUCACAGAUACCGGCUCACAAGGGAUGCUAGGACGCGUCACAGAUACCGGCUCACAAGGGAUGCUAGGACGCGUCACAGAUAAUACACAGACACGCCCAAGAGAGGGUUCACAAGGGAUGCUAGGACGCGUCACAGAUAAUACAGAGACACGCCCAAGAGAGGGUUCGCAAGGGAUGCUAGGACGCGUCACAGAUACUACACAGACACGCUCAAGAGAAGGAACUCAAGGAAUGCUAGGACGCGUCAGAGAGGCAACACAACUUACAGAAGACAUGGUUAAAAAGCACUGCACUGAAAAGCCCAAAGACAUUCUGCCCCACCCCCUCCAGUGCGCACAGUACUACGACUGCAGGCAAGCUAUCGGCGAUAGCCAUCUUAGGGAGUGUAGAUAUCCACAACUGUUUGACAUAACCACCAUGACGUGUAAAAACUUUAGUGACGUCACAUGCGGGGAUCGUCUAGAACCCCAAGCGCCUUGCGACUACCUACAGAACCACUGCGAGCAAAACUCUGCCAACUGUGUACCGUGUGAGGACCGUCUGCCAAGCUGUAUCAACCUUCCGGACAACAACAACCCGUACCCCGGGAAACUGGACUCGGAGUACUACAUCAAGUGUUACCGCAACCGAACCGUGUCCGUGGAGGCCUGUCAGGUGUCCAAGUACAACCCGGCCACGCGCCAGUGCUCGGAGAACGUGUCACCAGUGGUUUUGGGGAAAUUUUGCCGAGACAACCCGACGUCCAUCAUUCCUGAUCCUGAGAACUGUGGAAGGUACUAUAACUGCAGCGACCCCUCCACCGUCCAGGGUCUGAACAAGCCCUACCUCAGAGAAUGCACCUACCCCAAGCUGUUCGCCUCCCCCGCUGUCGGCUGCCAACUGUUCAUGAUGGUAGACUGCGCCAAGCGGAAGAAGAUACCCAUGUCUCCAUGCGAGUACGUAGAAAAUCAGUGUUUUGGAACAAACUGUGAGCCUUGUGAAAGCAAAUUCCCAUCAUGCAUUGGAAAACCGGACGGAAGUAAUGUAUUCCCCGCCAAGGAAAACACCGGAUAUUACAUCGUCUGCUAUCGUCAAAGGACAGUAGCAAUCGUAUCUUGCAAUCAAGGAGUUUACAGUCAUAGUGAGCGCGCAUGCGUGAGUGAUCCUAAACCCGCGAUCGCGUAGUCUUGUCUGACUGUUUUAAGACUGGGAGAGAAUAUGAACAUUUGUAAAUACUUUGUUAGAGUAUGUGUCUGACUUCUAUUCAUUGUGAGAUGAAGGUCCGUUACAUUGUUUAUAUCGCUGAAUCUGCGCAGAUUCGAUAUCUACAAACCACGAAUUGGAUGGAACGAGAAAGAAUAUCUAAAUUUUAUUUAUGAACUCUGCGAAUGUACUCGGAGACGUUGGCAAUUGGUUUGUAAUGCUCAGUUCGUGUGCACUCUUGCGGAAUUAAACACGUAAUGAUAUGUUCCAGAUUUUUCAUUUAUUUGUAUAUUCAAUACACGAUAAACUCGUUCCUUUAAUGGGAGAGAACUCUUAACUACCUCUAGACUGGAAACUUUGUUUAUAAUAUGUCCAGAGAUGUCAUAUUCUCAUAAUUUUUUUUAAUAAGGAUUUUCCAAUGAGAGCAUAAGUAUUAUGUCCUUUGUCGAGACAAUUACUGCGAGCCUACUCAUUUAAGAAAUAAAAAUCAAAACGCGCACGCUUUGACCAUCAGAAAUCACUUACAAAAUGCAAAUGCUUUUGGAAAAAUAAUCUAAGAAAUAAUCUCCUCUGUAUUCUCAUUGACGGUCUAUAUCCAGCUUUAUUGCUCACUCAUCUACCUGUCAUCUGUAUUUAUUGACCAUCCUGUUAAAUUAUGGUAUCUAAUAAAAAGAAUAAAAACUC